AUGGAGAAACAGGCUUUCUCCAAUGACGGUUACGAGGUCAAAUCGGAACGAGCAAGAUGGCCUCCGCUGACGAGGAUGUUGAUGUCCGGUGAGAUGAGUGGUGUCGAGCCCAAGGAGUUGACAUUGAAGGAAAAGUUCGAUCGAUGGAUGAUCAACGAAGGGUGGAGACGGCUUUUUGUUCUUGUCUUCAUCAUUGCGCAUAUCAUGAUCUACGUCUUCGGAUUCCUGAAUUAUGGCUUGAAGGACAACCUGAAUAAUGCGCGUGCCACAUACACUUGGACAUACAUGGUCGCAAGAUCGGCUGCUCUUUGUUUACAUGUCGAUGUCGCAUUGAUCUUGUUCCCUGUUUGCCGAACACUCAUCUCACUGAUGAGGCAGACACCUCUCAAUGGAAUUAUCCAGUUUGUCGUCGCGUGGUCGAUUGUCUUUUUUACGUGGGUUCACACGAUCGCCCAUCUCAACAACGUCGCCCAACUCUCCGCCAAGAACAACCAGGGUUUUGUUGGAUUCCUCAGAGCUGGCUUUCUGACUGGUCCAACAUGGACGGGGUGGAUCAUGCUCAUCUGUCUGAUGGCCAUGGUUUUUACCUCUAUUGAAAAGCCGCGUCGGGCGAACUACGAGCGAUUCUGGUACACCCACCACCUCUUCAUCCCCUUUUUCGUGUUCUGGUCGAUGCAUGGUAUCUGGUGCAUGAUCCCGACCGACUUUCCGCCGUUCUGCUCGGGGAUUGGCGUCUUUUACGAGUACUGGACCUACGGAGGUGUCGUCUACCUCGCUGAGCGGAUAGCUCGAGAGAUACGAGGACGGCACAAGACCGUCAUUUCCAAAGUGAUUCAGCAUCCCAGCAACGUGGUCGAGAUCCAGAUCAAGAAGGAGAAGACGAAAACGCGGGCGGGCCAGUAUAUCUUUCUCUGCUGUCCCGAGGUGUCCCUCUGGCAGUACCACCCGUUCACUCUCACCAGCGCGCCGGAGGAAGACUACAUCUCUGUGCAUAUACGGUGCGUUGGGAACUUCACCAAGGCGCUCGCCAAGGUCCUGGGCUGUGAUUUCGAGUCGGGCAAAGGCAGCAACGAAUCCGCUGUCGUUGGAGUCAACAAAAACGACGCCAACGACGACAUCGACCCGACGAUCCGUCGGAUCCUUCCACGGAUCUACGUCGACGGCCCUUUUGGCAGCGCCUCCGAGGACGUCUUCAAAUACGAGAUUGCCGUAUUGGUGGGCGCUGGUAUUGGCGUCACACCGUUUGCGUCCAUCCUGAAGAGCGUGUGGUAUCGCAUGAACUACCCGCAGAAGAGGACACGACUGCGCAAGGUCUACUUCUUCUGGAUCUGCCGUGACUUUGGCUCAUUUGAAUGGUUCCGCUCGCUGCUCUCUGCCAUUGAGGCGCAGGAUCUGGAAAGCCGGAUUGAGAUCCACACUUAUCUAACCGCCAAAAUCAAACCUGACGACGCAACCAACAUCAUGAUCAACGACGCCAACGCAGACCAGGACGCCAUCACGGGCCUCCGCGCGCCCACCAACUUCGGCCGCCCCAACUGGGACAUGAUCUUCCGAUCGAUCCGCAAGAUCCAUGCGCCCGCGGAGGCGGGCGUCUUCUUCUGCGGUCCCAAGGCUCUGGGCAGCCAGCUGCACAUCAAGUGUAAUAUGUACUCUGAGCCUGGGUUCCAGUUUGUUUGGGGGAAGGAGAACUUUUAA